AUAGAGGCGCUCCGCUAUGGUUAUAGUAUGGCGUUGUCGAGUACCAGUGAUUCUAAUGUGCCAGCCCUACGCACUCUACUGAGCCUUGUGAGAGAUGACACAUCAAUGCGAAUGCCGUUAAAACUCGCGCUGCGCCGCCUACCGAUGAACGCACCGCAGUCCUUCUAAGACUUCACUUCGAGAACUCGAGUCCUUUAUGGACGGUGGGUGAACUCGCAUAUCUGGUCGUCGUACCACCCUGGACCCAUUCUUGCGAUGCUACACCCCCAGGAACCGCAGGUGUUUAAAAACGGGCAUCUUACCCCUCCCACGAAAUGGGUGAUAGCAAUACAAAGCAUCCUCGUCGCUCUGGCGACCUGCUUUGUCUGUUGGCGAAUGUAUGCGAGAAUCAGUCUGAAAAAGCGCAUCGCUGCAGAUGACAUUUUCAUAGUCCUUGGUCUGGGUUUGGCCAUUGGACGAGCUGUGGCAGCAUCGUUGAGCUCCCAGAUUGGAUGGGCGUCGCGGAUGGGACCCCAAGAGCAGUACCAGGUGGCCUUCUAUCAGCGGUACUUCGAACGGCGAUUGUGGUACGCUCUCAGCGCAAUGUUCACCCGCUUGGGAGUCCUCACAUAUUAUCUUCGGUUAUUUCCCACUGCCCUGCGAGGCCUUCGUAUAGGAUCAUGGGUGCUCAUUAUUGGGACUUUCAUGCAGUGUCUCCAACUUGUCUUGACACUAGCGAUACUGUGCAGUGAUAUUGACGACUUAUAUCGAGGCGCUCUGAACGAAUACCACAAUCCUCGUUGUAGCAAUGCGCGAGAGUUCACAUACUCAGGGGCACUGGUCGACGCAGUUCUCGAUGCGUUGAUCUACGCCCUCCCCAUCCCUUAUAUCUGGGGGUUACGACAAAUCCGUCUCGGGCAACGCGUUGGUUUGGCCAUUAUUUUUGGGAUUGGUCUGAUUGCAUGCGUUUUCGCGUUGCUGCAGAUCCCAUUCAUCAUCGCGAACUAUAGGACCGAUGCGGAAGGACAGCAGUGGUUCGGUUCGGAAGUGAGUUUGUUCAUCGCCAUCGAGCUCGCCUUGGGGUUAGUCGCAAGUAGUCUCCCUGAUCUACGGGGAUUGAUUGCCAGAAGUUGGCCGAACAUGAUGGGACCCUUCAGACACGCCGUGGAAUCCUCUGAACCGUCCGUCGAGUCGAAUCGGCGCUCGGCUGGGCAGAACGCUCCACCGACCAUUGGAGGACACGUUCAGGCGAACGUUGAAGAAAGACGACGUGGAAUCCCAGGAGCUGCUGCAAUGGCGUCAAGGAGGAAGGUUCCGGAUUGGCUUCGGAGCACUUUGGCAAGUUCCGUAAUGCGAGAUACGGUGGGACGGAGCCCCCAGACGACCGCCGAGGUUGCUUCUCAAGUUCGUAUCGAUGUUGAAGGUGCGGGGGACCACAUCGAUCUCGAAGAAGGACGGCAGAAACGUUCAAAAGAGCGCGUCACCGCGAUAUCGGAGGCUGCUGUCAACAGGAUCAGUCUGUCAAGUAGCUCUAGCUCUAGUCAAAAACCAAAAUGAAUUCUUAUGCGAUAUCCC